AGAGGCUGUUGGUUCCGCCAGCUCAGAUAGCAUGAAAAGCCGAAGUAGAAGGAUCGAGGAUUGGAUCGAAGACCGAAGGUAGGAGGACGAACCGAAAUAGUUCCUGCGCGGAUGAAUACCGGCGGAGGAGCAUCAACCGGCGGCCAAGGCAGGGAGUGAAAAGGCUGAUGUCCAUUACUUAAGCAGAUGACAGUUUGCCUUCAAAAGGGUUGUUGUGCAGCGUCCGAGACUUCGUCCCGAUAUCCCGUUUCUACCCGGUGACGCCCACCUGCAGUAUGAGAUAUUUAUAAUCAAAAGUUUAAGUUUUAAUUGUUCUUUUGAAAAGCAACUUUUAAUGUUUUUUAAAGAAUAACUUGUUAAUUGGAGUUUGUGAAGUUUCUUGAUGGUUCGUUAACUUUUACUAUUAAAGAGGAUGUUUCAUUGCCAUAUUGUUUCAUUUGAAAGUCUUACAUUCCCAUCACCGAAACUUAUACAAUUGGUGACCUGUAAACGAAUACGUAUAUUUCUGUUUCUGCAAACUGCUUUUGAGAAAUUCUACUAGUUGAUGGAUUACGGAGAAAUGCUGGUACGUUUCAAGCUUUAAAGUUUUUUGGCAAGCCGUGAGUACAAAUUACUUCUAUUCUUGGACUUAUACAUUUCGGAUUAAUGCAAAAAAUGCCCGAAUCUGCGGAAACUGCUGAUCAACAAAUUGCUCGUAUCACUGUAAAGCCGCCACCUUUUUGGAGAGCUAAUCCCGAAUUGUGGUUCAGACAAAUUGAAAGUCAGUUCACUCUUGCUGGAGUAACUACAGAGUCAACGAAAUUUCACCAUGUAGUUUCUGCUCUACAACCGGAGGAACUGGCGAUUAUCAGCGAUAUUGUUAUCAGUCCACCUGUGGAUGAGCCUUUCACCGCACUUAAAAAAAGAUUGUGUGCUCAAUAUGUUGAAUCUGAAGCUCAACGCUUUGAUUUCGGGGAUGCAACUUGGCGACCGCCGUCCUUCAAGACUGCUUCUGGAAAUGAGGAAUAAAGCCGGCGCGAGAAUUAACGAUGAACUUCUUAAAUCUUUAUUUUUGCAGAGAUUGCCUACUAAUGUUCAACAGAUUUUGGCGAUUUCCAACGAUAACCUGGACAAG